GCAGAUCACCAAAGUUAACCAACUCAUCCAACUUCCCAAACGAACCAGUCCUAUAAAAUCCUCAUCAACACAAAUCCAAAACAACACAACUCAAGCACCCAAAUACAAACAACACAAACCGGCAAUUCAGCAUCCAAUCCAAGACCUCAAAGCUCGCAUUACCGAAGCUAGGAUAGAAAUGGCGGCAGGAGCAGCAUCAAGAGCAGGCGCGUCGGCCGUGGCAUGGCUCCUGGCGGCCGCCGUGGUGGCGGCGCUGGUGGCCUCGGCGUCGGCGCAGUCGUCCGGGUGCACGACCACGCUCAUCAGCCUGUACCCGUGCCUCAACUACAUCAGCGGCAACGUGUCGGCGCCGCCGUCCUCGUGCUGCUCGCAGCUCGCCAGCGUCGUGCAGACCAACCCGCAGUGCCUCUGCGCCGCGCUCAGCGGCGACUCCUCGUCCCUCGGCGGCGUCACCAUCGACAAGACGCGCGCGCUGGCGCUCCCCCAGGCGUGCAACGUCAAGACCCCGCCGGCGAGCAAGUGCAACUCUGCUGGCGGCGGCAGCGCUCCGGGCGCAGCGACGCCGACCACGCCGUCGUCCGGCGUACCAGCAACCGCAGGGACUGAUGCAGGAACCGGCACUGGAUCGAAGACGACGCCGACGGCGCCGUACCUUAUGUCCGGCGGUGCGUCCAUCCGGGGGACGGUGAGCCUGGUGCUAGCAUUCGCGGCUGUCGCCGUCUAUGCCAUCUCGGCCGUGUGACAAUCUUGGCUCAUUUAGUUCUGUUGCCGAUGGCGUUUGGGGAUUCAGACAUUCAGGAUGUGUUGUGUCACUGUACCGUAUUGGUUGAGCAUUGUCAAGUAUAGAGAAUUGGGCGUCGCAUUUGUAUUAUUGUUUGUAUUUGGUUGUCAAAAGAAGAAAGAAAAUUGUUCGUUUUGAGGAUUUUA